AUAUUUAAUGUUGAUUUGUGUAAAAUAUUUUUUAAAUAAUUGAAAUGAUGCCCAUUUUUUCAAAUUUGGCCCUAACACAUUCGUCAAUUUUGUUAUAUCUACUUCCAGAAAUGCUGACAGAUGGAACCGACCUAUUAUACUAACCAGGCCCUUAAUGAGCCCACUUUACGUAUAUCCAAGAAAAGGUUGAUAGGAAGGUAUAAGGUGGCCUUUUUGUUCUUUUUAACGAGGUUAAUUCUAAUAAGUUGUUUGUUCCCGUUUUCUGAGUGUGUUAAAACUGAUUUAAGCCAGGGAAGUUUUAGUAUUUCCAAAAGGGGAAGGCAAUUCCCUCCCCCCCGAACACUUUGUAACAUAUUUAAAACUUUUAAUACUAUUCAUAAGUUUAGCCCAGUUGAUAAGCUGAAUAUGAUUAGUGUGAAAAGUUUAAAGGACAUCUCAAACCUUAGAAAUUUAAUAAGGUUUAGAUAUAAUAAAAGGGAUAGAAAUUAUAGAAAUCGCAGUUUUUACAAAUGUCUGUUUGUUAGUAAUUUAAAUAAACCACAAAUGGAAAGUGGAAAAAUCAUUGAUGGCGGUUCUUUUUACUCAUACCCUCCUACCAGUUACCCGAAUAUGCCUUCAUAUAAUGGCUCAUACGGACUGGAUGAGUCUAACACGUUUGUUUCUAACCAUUACAGGAACAUGGGAGAAGAUAUAGUUGAGUACCUGAACAGGAAGAAGAUCGAGUACAAUGAGUCGCCAAUAAAGUAUACACUCAAGUUCUGCCCAUUCUGCCCACCUCAUAGAUUUAAAUCCGACAACCUCUUCAAACAUGAAAUUUUUAAAAACUCAGGAAAUUCAUAUUGUCAUCGUUGUGGAUACAAGGGCAGUUUGUUUGAUUUUAAGGCACACAUGGGUGAUUUACCAGGAGCAUUUGAUAUAGCGUCUGAUCCCAUUACCAGUCCGUUCGGAGCAAAGAAGGUUCAAAAGGACCCAGAUGUCACAAUCGAGGACGUGAACAAGUUUGAAGACAAUCUGUAUAAUAAUCCAGAAUAUGCAUGUGUAUUGGAUUAUCUAACAAAGACCAGAGGCUUGAAACCUCAUGUGCUUAAGAAAUACCAUGUGGGAGCAGGUUCAUUCAAGUUCAAAUCUGUAACAGGAAAACUAGAACAAGAGAAAUGUGUGGUAUUUCCAUGGCUGUCAACUCCAAAUAAACUGUACCCAAACGACGAAGUUGAAACACAAACUGAUGACUCAGAGGGAUUUGACUAUAAUAGAGAGUUUACAACAGAUAAAUUAAAUGUAAAUAGAAUAAAGAUAAGAAGUAUAUACGAUAAGUCUAAGAUUAAAAUAUUACCAAGAGGAGGUGCCUGGGGAAUGUUUGGAGGUCAUUUGAUCCAGGAGGCACAGGAAAAGGAUUCUAUAGUGUUAUCUGAAGGUGAACUUGACGCAAUGAGUAUAUACCAGGAGACAGGAAGAUUAACAAUUUCACUACCAAAUGGAGCAAACUCACUCCCGCUGGCACUAUUACCAAAGCUUGAAAAGUUUAAUGAAAUUUAUCUUUGGAUGGACUUCGACGCCCCAGGACAGUCUAGCAUAUCACACUUUGCCAAUAAAUUAGGCAUACAAAGGGUUAAAGUUGUACAUCCACUCAACACUCCAACUACUACUGCCACCACCACAAAGGGUACCACAACUAGUACUAAAGGUGCUGGGACAACCACUAAAGGCUCUAAAUCUACAACUGCUACCACACAAAAGACCACCAGUAAGAUGUUGAAAGAUGCUAAUGAAGUGCUGUUGAGUGGAGGAGUGGACAUGAAUAAUUACUUUAAAAACGCAACCGUAAUGACACAUUCACAGAUUCUGACCUUUAGUGACAUAAGACAGCUGGUGUACAACGAGUUGAGUGACCCUGUAACAACAUGCGGUAUCAAGAGCAUAACCAUGCCAGGGCUGUCAAACCUUCUAAAGGGUCACAGAAGAGGAGAAUUGACAGUGUGGACAGGAUCUACAGGUUCAGGAAAGACAACGCUACUCUCUCAACUCUCACUAGACUAUUGCUUGCAAGGUGUUUCAACUCUCUGGGGAUCCUUUGAAAUUAAUAACGUUAGACUCGCCAAAACUAUGCUACGGCAGUUUUCAGGAAGGAAUUUGGAGAACAAUUUGAACGAGUUUGAUUAUUACGCUAAUAAGUUUAACGAGUUGCCAUUACGAUUUCUGAAGUUUCACGGAAGCACAAAUAUAGAUAUAGUGUUGGACGCAAUGGAUUAUGCAGUUUACGUGUACGAUGUGCAGCACAUAAUAAUCGAUAACCUGCAGUUUAUGUUAUCGAAUUACUCAGGACCGUCACAAAACUCAAGUUUUGGAGGAUAUAGUAGCAGUAAAGAUAUAUAUGAGUUGCAGAACAGGACAAUAGAGAAGUUUAGAAGAUUUGUAACAAAUAAGAAUAUUCACUUGUCGUUGGUUGUACACCCAAGAAAAGAAGCCGAUGGGAUUCAGUUGGGACUUUCAAGUGUUUUCGGUUCAGUAAAAAGUACACAGGAGGCUGACAACGUAAUUAUACUCCAGAAUAUACUUAAUGAGUCGAGGUGUAUUGAUGUUAAGAAGAACAGAUUUGCAGGUUUGCUAGGGAGAGUGUACUUUAAAUUCGACCCGGUUUCUUUGACUGCACAGGAGUUUAAGGUAACAGAGUAUUUGAAUGAGUAUACCACUAACAAUUUUACAAAGCCCAAGGUUAAAAAAGAUCAACCUGACACCCCAACAGUGCCCUCAGGAGGGUUUCCAAUAAACGGAACACCUGAAACUAAACCAAAAGUCUCAUUAAGUAAUUUUAAGCUUAAUUUACCCCAAGUUAAUGGGUCUAACGUAUCAAAUGAGCCGAUUGGUAUUCCAAAUGUUGGCACCAUGACAAGUGAAGAUUUACAGUCUAGACCCACACCUGCAACAAGUACAAACUAUAAGGAUAAAGAAAGAAAUAAUGUUGGAUUAAUAGGCAUUGAUCUACUAAACCUAAAACCAAUCACACAACAAAUCAAUAAAAUUAUACAACAAAAUUAUACGACUUCCUCUAACAGUAAUUCUGACAGCAGUGAUAGUUCAGGUAAACCUGAAGGUGAAGAUACAAGUGGUGAUGAUAAUACUAACUCUAAUCUGGUUGGAACAAAUGAUAACAGUAACAGCAGUGGAAAAGGAGGAAAACUAAAAACUAAAAGUGAAUUGGUUGAGGAAGAAUAUUUGAGUAUGAGAGGAUUAAAGAUAACCAAGAACAGUAGUAUAAAGGAGAUGAGAGAUUUUGUAAAGAAGAAUGGAUUGGGGGAGUUGGUAAAGACUGCAGGAAAAGGCAUUAAAAAGGACGCAAUAUAUGAAAAUAUCAGGUCAAUAAUACCACAAUCAGCAAUAAUAACUACUAAACCAACUGAGGAAGAAGUAGAGUCUGUUAAAGAGGAUUCGAGUGUUGAUACUACUAAGGUUGAAGAUGAGAGUAGCGCAAGGUCAGAUGUUCACUCAUUUGGUGUUAGUACCAGUAAGUCACUAUUAAAGUUAGAACGUGUUAACGUAACACCAAACAAUGAUAUUACUGAAUUUAAGCUUAAAUAUCUGAGUAAAUUACCAAAAUCACUCUACAAAGGUGAGCCCCCAUCUUCGAGUAAGCCAACUCCUGUUACCACUGGUGAUCAAGUUUCAAUUCCAGUUGACGUGUAUUAUAGUGUAAAUUUCGACCCACUGCUGAUUGAUGGGAUAAUAUAUGUGGACAGUUACGACAAACUGCAAUCUUUGGAACCGCUUUUUAAGGACCCGAAGGCAGUUGGAGUUGACAUUGAAACCACAGGCCUGGACCAUAACACUAAUCAAAUUAGACUAGUGCAGCUGUCAGUACCAAACCAACCAAGCCUAAUCAUAGACCUCUUUAAGCUUAGUACUAAUAAUCCAGAUGCCGAAAGUGUCGUGCCAGGAAGAAAUGAGUUGAUAAAAUGUGAAUGGUUGAAGAAAUUAUUCAAGAGUAAGGAGACAGUAAAGGUGUUCCACAACGGUAAGUUUGACAUAAAUUUCCUAAGAGUGUAUGGGUUUGAAUUUGAAGGACCGAUAUUUGACACAAUGGUGGCAAGUAAGCUUUUAGUUGCAAGCAGAUACAUAAGCUGCAAGCUAACACAUGUGUCUGAGCGUUACCUCAAUAUUGUGCUUGACAAGACCCAACAGUACUCAGACUGGUCAACUCUACAGCUAUUCGAGGAACAGCUUUUAUACUCUGCCAGAGACUCAUUUGUUCUACUGCCACUAUAUGUUAUUCUGGAACAUUUGCUUAAGAUCAAUAACCUCUCUGAUAUAGCAAGUGUGGAAAACAAGUGUAUCCUAGCAACUUCUGACAUGGAGCUUAACGGAAUCCAAGUUGACGAAGAUAAACUAAAAUUUUUACAAGAUGAGCUCAAACAGGAACAUCAAGAAAUUUCAAAUACCCUCUACUCGCAACUUAAUCAAAGUGAAAUAAACUUGAAUUCACAAAAGCAGGUGUUGGAGAAGUUACAGGAGCUGAAAAUAAUGGACAAAUCCAAGAAAAAGAUUAUAAGUGAUACGAGUGAGUCUACACUAAUAAGGAACAUGUCAAACCCAAUCAUUUCAUCCUUGCGAGAAUAUAGAAAGGCUAACAAAGCUUUAACUGCUUUUACACAAAAACUGCCAAACCACAUUAACCCAAUCACAAAGAGAAUAUAUCCAAAUUAUAACCAGCUGGGAGCGGAAAGUGGAAGAUUCAGUUGUGACGGGCCUAACUUACAGCAGGUUCCAAGAGAUAAGAAGUUCAGAGAGUGUUUCGUAGCCCCAAAGGGCUCAAAGUUUGUCAUUGCAGACUUCUCACAAAUUGAGCUGAGAAUUGCAGCAGAAAUAGCAAACGAUCCCAAAAUGAUACAAGCAUAUCAACAAAAAGUCGAUUUACAUUCUCUGACUGCAAGCAUACUGAAGAAUAAGAAUAUAAAUGACGUGAACAAAGAGGAAAGACAGUUGGCGAAAGCAGUGAAUUUCGGUUUAAUCUUUGGAAUGUCUAUAAAUGGGUUGAGGAUGUAUGCGGAGACAGGCUAUAACUUAAAGCUAACUCAGAAUGAGGCUAAGGAAAUAUACACUUCAUUUUUCAAUAAUUUUAAAGGGAUCUUAAACUGGCACAAUUCCGUAAAGAAUAGUAGACCGACAAUGGUUAGAACCCUGGGGAAUAGGUUAUCAGUCUUUGAAUCCUUUUCAUUUACACGUUCCCUAAACUACCCAGUACAGGGUACAUCUGCAGACAUUACAAAGGAGACAAUGGCUAGGCUGGUUGACUUGGUGAAGCCGCUGAAUGCUAAGAUUAUCAUAUGCGUCCACGAUGAAAUAAUACUUGAAGUCCCCGAAGAUAACGCAGAAAAGGCACUGAAAAUGUUAAUUGACACUAUGGUCAAAUCUGGCGAAAAGUACCUCAAGAAAGUCCCUGUAGAGGCCAUGGGCUCAAUAGGAGACUCAUGGGCAGAUAAAUCCUAAUUUAUAAUAAAUAUACAUGGCUGAUAAACCGCAAAUACUACAUUAAGGGGAUUCAUUCCACGAUUUAAUUAGUGUUUGUAUAACUAAUUCAGAGAGUAGUUUGUUUUGUUGGUUCUUUUUUCUUUGCUUAUCGGGGUGGCAUGCCAAUAAAGCUUUUCUAACAACAAUUAUACGUAUAUUUUCGUAAAAAUAUU